AUGAUGCAAGGAACCGGAGUAUCGAAGUCCAUCGGCGCUUCUUCUACUGCCGCUCCUCCUCCACCUCCGAUAAGGGGAGUAGGAUUGGGACCAAGAGCUACAAUGGCGGACGAAAAGGAAAAGGCACGCAAAGGAUUAGCGAAGAAGAAGCUACCAACCGCAAAGGAGAUGGUGGCACAUUACGAGUCCCAAGGGAUGCAACCUCAGGAAGCUUCUCUCAAAGUCAUCGACGAUCUGCAAAAUCUUCUCCUGAGAGUCGUCAACACCAGCAAGAAAAACAAUAUGGACGCCGUCAACAACCGCCUUUUAAGGCUUGAAUCGAAGUUGGAUUCCAAGCCUGGGUUCCCCCAAACCCUAGCCAUCGGUGUAUUAUCUGGAACAGUCGUUCAUGUCUUCCCUCAAGUUAUUUCUUCCGUCGCUCAUAUCUGGAAUUCUGUUCGAUCAUCUACUUCUUCUACAUGA